AUGAACAAUCAGAUUAUUCAGCAAUCUGAUAGAAUCCUACAAUUGAAUCAGUCAUGUGACUGGAUUCUAUGGAUUAAUCAAAUUCGACUAUUCGCAAUCAACAAAGGGAUAUGGGAAUUGGUGAACCCGGAACUGCCAACCGAGCCCGCCUACCCAAUCCGGCCUAGCGCCAUUAGUGUGAAACAGAUAAAAUCAUCAGCAAAUUCAAUAAUCGACUUAAAUGAAUCAGACCGCCUGCUAUAUCAGGAAGCCAAGCAGGACUACCACCAGAACCUCAAGGAAUUCAAUGAAACUGCUUCAGGACUAGCCUCAUUGAGUCUAUUGAUUAAUUCUACAUUGAGCAAGCAAAAUCAGCACGCUAUACUCAAUUUGGAAAAGCCCUAUCAAAUCCUUCGAGCCCUACGAAACCGCCUAGCACCAACCAACCAAUCAAGGAAGCGAGAUCUCAUAAAUCGAUAUCACCGCCUCAGGACCUCAACAAAGGGUCCUAUUGAGAGCCAUAUUAGUCAAUGGGAAUUGAUAUAUUCUGAAGCAGUGGAGCUUCAAAUUAGUGAGGUUAAGGAGCCAAUCAGAGUGCUUUUUGACUUCCUUGAAUCAAUUCAUGAAACAAUGGGCACCUUUGCAUCAAUAUGGCAGUCCAGGCUUAUUGAAAUUGAAAACAGUCAAGAAGAAAUCCCUGACUUCCUU